UUGCCUGCUCUUUCAGCUCUCUGAAGAGAUCACCAAAGAUGAGCUGAUGUGUCUCAAGUUAUUUUUGGAUGAAGAAUUACCCAGAAGCAAGCUGACCCCUGAGACCACAAUUCUCGACAUUUUCACGGAGAUGGAGAAGAAGGGGAUUUUGGGACAAGACAACCUAAGUGUGCUGAAGAAUCUCUGUGACAAAAUUAACAGCAGCCUGUGGUACAGAAUUGAAGAUGGAUUAAAACUCUUUGGUGAAGAGGUGCAUGUCACAGAGGAAGAGAGAGGCAGCAUGGGAGACCUUGAAGGGAAUGCCAGAUGUCUGGCAUCACCUGUGGCACCUGAUCCUCCUGGCAGUGGUAAUGACUCUUCCCAGCCCGAAGUUUACAAAAUGACUAGCCGACCCUGUGGAGUGUGCCUGAUCCUGAAUAAUCACAAUUUUGCAAAAUCUAGGGAAGGAGUGCUGGAAUGCAAACACUUGAGCGAUCGGAAUGGAACGGACGUGGAUGCAGCGGCUCUGAGAAAUGUCUUUACCAAGCUUCAUUUUAAAGUAGAAGAAUAUAGAGACCUCACUGCAGACGAAAUCCGUAAGACUGUGAACAUCCUUCGGUGCGCAGACCACGGAGACAAAGACUGUUUUGUUUGCUGUAUCCUAUCUCAUGGGAAAAAAGGCAUUAUAUAUGGUGUUGAUGGGCAGGAAGUACCUAUCCGGGAACUGACCACUUCUUUCACUGUGGGGAAUUGCAACUCCCUUGCUGGAAAACCAAAAGUCUUUUUCAUUCAGGCCUGCCAAGGUGAGGCUUCCCAUAAGGGUGUGCCCAUCGAAAUGGAUUCUGGAGAGCAAGAGUCUUCUGUAGAAGCAGAUAGAAGAUUUCAGAUGGACUGCAUCCCUGCAGAGGCAGACUUCCUCCUGGGCAUGGCUACCCUGCAAGACUAUGUUUCCUACAGAAGUCCAAAGGAGGGGACCUGGUACAUACAGGCAUUGUGCCAGCACCUGGAGUCCAGCUGUCCUCGAGGAGUAGACCUCCUCACCAUCCUGACAGCAGUGAAUCAAGAAGUGAGCAGCAAAACGUGUGACCGGAAUGAAAGGAAGCAGAUGCCACAGCCCAGUUUCACACUGACAAAAACGCUCAUCUUUCCUGUCAACUAA